GGAAAGAGGUUGUAGAGUUGAUAAAGCUUUAGAGUUGGCUCGCAACAGGGAUCCUGAAUGGACUGGGUCGGGGACUUAACUUAAGGCUCUGGGUUCUGCUCUACAGUUUUUGUUUUCCCAAAAACAUUGUUUUUGGAAGCUGCUUUUCCUUUCUUCUCCCCAACCUGGAUCCAUAGUGAAGUGGGCAGGAAAAAGUUUCUGGUAACACGCUGGUUUCCGUCUUUUUUUGUUUGUUUGUUUUUGUUCCCCUUAAAAACUAUUUUUCAAGACCCUUUCCAUCAAACUCGUUUGGGUGGCUGCUCUGCGGAACCCCUCCUCGCAACCUUUUUUUCUUUUUUUGGCAAGAAAGUGUUGCGAUGGCGGAGAUGGGGAUCUCGGCUGCCGAAUUUUCCCCCGGGUUUUGGGGGUGCCCGUCGACGUUUCCAAGCGCCUGAAUAUGGAAUAAAGCAAGAGGACGAUUUGUUUUGCUUUCGUCCCGUCCUCCCCCGGGUCGGGGAGUCUGCGUUCGUCGCUUUGCUUCAUCCUGUACACACGCCUGCGACAAGGGAAUAGCAGAUCGCUUACUCGGAGCCUUUUCAUACGAGGAGAAGCAUCAGCUACUGGACAUACGCAAGUACUUGUUGAGGCUCAAGGCUCUGCUGUCAGUCCAUGCUUGUGUAGAGGAGCUCAGAUGGGAUUAAAGUCCACAUGGAGGCAUGGAAAAGAAGCAAGGACUUGCACUAAGAAGAUGGUAAACUGGGAUUCAUGUUGCCUUAUUUGCCUGGUGAUGAUCACCAUGGCUGGAUUUUCAUUGGCUCGACCAUCUUACAACUUAGUUGGUGAAGACACCACUUUGGAACCUGAAGAGCCACCAACCAAAUAUCAGAUCUCUCAGACUGAUGUAUAUCCUGUACUUCCGGGAGAUCUUCUGAACUUGAAUUGUCCACUGAAAGAUGCUAUCAAGAUUAGUUGGACUAAAGAUGGGGUCCAUUUGGUGCCCAACAAUCGAACAUUUAUGACUGGGGAAUAUUUGCGGAUUAAAGAUGCCACACCCAAAGAUUCAGGUCUUUAUGCUUGCACUGCAGUUAGGAGUGUAGACAGUGAUACCACCUACUUCAUUGUAAAUGUUACAGAUGUUCUUUCAUCUGGAGAUGAUGAAGAUGAUACCGACGGCUCUGAGGAUUUUGUGAAUGACAACAACCAAAUCAGGGCACCUAAAUGGACACAAACAGAGAAAAUGGAGAAACGAUUACAUGCAGUCCCCGCAGCUAACACAGUAAAAUUCCGUUGUCCAGCUACAGGAAACCCACCACCAACCAUGAGAUGGCUAAAAAAUGGAAAAGAAUUUAAGCAAGAACAUCGUAUUGGUGGAUAUAAGGUACGAAAUCAGCAUUGGAGUCUUAUAAUGGAGAGUGUGGUCCCAUCAGACAAGGGAAAUUAUACCUGUAUAGUGGAGAAUAUACAUGGGUCGAUCAAUCACACGUACCAUCUUGAUGUUGUUGAACGAUCACCACACAGGCCUAUCUUACAAGCGGGCCUACCAGCAAAUACCUCGGCAGUUGUUGGGGGUGAUGCAGAAUUUGUCUGCAAGGUCUAUAGCGAUGCUCAGCCUCAUAUCCAGUGGAUAAAGCACAUAGAAAAGAAUGGAAGUAAGCACAAUGCAGAAGGAAUACCAUAUCUGAAAGUUUUAAAGGCUGCCGGUGUUAACACUACGGACAAAGAGAUUGAGGUUCUCUAUAUACGGAAUGUAACUUUUGAGGAUGCUGGGGAGUAUACAUGCUUGGCGGGUAAUUCUAUUGGGAUAUCCUUUCACUCUGCAUGGUUGACAGUUCUGCCAGUAGCUACUGAAGAAGAAAGGCCAUAUCCAACAUCCCCAGACUACCUGGAAAUAGCCAUCUACUGUGUAGGGGUCUUCCUGAUUGUCUGUAUGGUGGUGACAGUCAUCCUGUGUCGAAUGAGAACCACCACGAAGAAGCCAGACUUCAGCAGCCAACCAGCUGUGCACAAACUGACUAAGCGUAUUCCACUGCGCAGACAGGUAACAGUGUCAGCGGACUCUAGCUCUUCCAUGAACUCCAAUACACCUUUGGUGAGGAUAACUACACGUCUCUCCUCCAAUGCUGAUGCUCCAAUGCUGGCAGGAGUUUCUGAAUAUGAACUGCCAGAAGACCCAAAAUGGGAGUUUCCCAGAGAUAAGUUAACACUAGGGAAACCUCUUGGGGAAGGAUGCUUUGGUCAAGUUGUCAUGGCGGAAGCAGUGGGAAUUGACAAAGACAAACCAAAAGAAGCCAUUACAGUGGCAGUGAAAAUGCUAAAAGACGACGCUACGGAAAAAGACCUGUCCGACCUGGUGUCUGAAAUGGAGAUGAUGAAGAUGAUAGGGAGGCACAAAAAUAUUAUCAAUCUCCUUGGGGCAUGCACUCAGGAUGGGCCCUUGUAUGUUCUUGUGGAAUAUGCUUCCAAAGGGAAUUUGCGAGAGUACCUGAGAGCCCGGCGACCGCCAGGAAUGGAAUAUUCAUUUGACAUUAACCGGGUACCUGAAGAGCAGAUGACAUUUAAAGAUUUAGUCUCAUGUACAUACCAGUUGGCAAGAGGCAUGGAAUACUUGGCAUCACAAAAAUGCAUCCAUCGAGAUUUAGCAGCGAGGAAUGUUUUGGUUACUGAAAAUAAUGUCAUGAAAAUAGCUGACUUUGGGUUGGCCAGAGAUAUCAACAAUAUAGAUUAUUAUAAAAAGACUACUAAUGGCCGGCUACCUGUAAAGUGGAUGGCACCAGAAGCUCUAUUUGACCGAGUUUACACACAUCAAAGUGAUGUAUGGUCAUUCGGUGUGUUAAUGUGGGAGAUUUUCACUUUAGGAGGAUCCCCAUAUCCAGGAAUUCCAGUGGAAGAACUUUUCAAGCUGCUUAAAGAAGGGCACAGAAUGGACAAACCUGCCAAUUGCACCAAUGAACUCUACAUGAUGAUGAGAGAUUGUUGGCAUGCAGUGCCUUCACAGAGACCAACUUUUAAGCAGCUUGUAGAAGACUUAGAUCGAAUCCUCACUCUUACAACUAAUGAGGAAUAUCUAGACCUCAGUGGACCACUGGAACAGUAUUCACCAAGUUAUCAAGACACUAGGAGUUCAUGUUCUUCAGGUGACGACUCUGUUUUUUCUUCUGAUCCAAUGCCUUAUGAACCUUGUCUUCCUAAAUACCAACACAUAAAUGGCAGUGUAAAAACAUGAAAAGAAUCUUUCUUUAUCCCCAGUGAAAUAAGGGAACAAGGAUAUCCACCUACCUACUAUGUGAAAAGAAAGCCUUUCUUCUGACACAUUUUUGUUUGUACAUAUGAAAAGUAGGGACCAAAACAAAGCAAAAUAUUGGUCAAAAUAUUUUCAGAACACAUGGAAAUAAUAUUGUACGCUGGAACUACAAACAAUUUUCGGAAGAAGAGAAUUUUUUAUGAGCUACAUAUGGACUCAAGUUGCUAGCUCAGCAACACACUUUCUGCAUUUGAUGGACCAGUUGGACUUGAGGCAAACACUGGGUCAUGCCUUUCUUGUUUAUUUUGUAAUAUUUGGAGAAAAUAUAUGUUGACACACACUUACAGAGCACAAAUGCAGUAUAUAGGUGCUGGAUGUAUGUAAAUAUAAUCAAAUAUGUAUAAAUAUAUAUAUUAUAUUUACAAUGAAUUAUUUUUUGUAUUGAUUUAAGAGAAGGAUGUCCCACUUCACCAAGCAAAUUAGUAUCCUUUUUUAAAAAAAAUAAAAAACAGCUCCAUGUAAUUGCUGUUCAUACAUAGACUUUUCUAAAAAGAGAGAGAGAGAGAGUCCACUAUCCAAAGGUGGGAAACACUUUACUUUCAGGGAAAAUGGUAUAUCAUUAAUUUAUUAAUUAAUUGGUAAUGUACAAAAACAAUUAAUCUUUUAUAGGGUUUGUGUUAUUUUGUAAUUUAAAUGGCAUUUCUAUGCAGGCAGUGCAGAGAACAAGUGGAUAUAUUGCUCAAACUUUAUUAGUUGUCAGAGUCUUUUUUAAAACAAAGAGAGAAAUAUUUACAGUAUAUAACUAAUUUGGGGGUUAAGGUUUUGAUUAAUUCUGGUUUUUAAAAGUGCAGUUUAAAGUUUUUGACGAAUCUCAGUAGUUCCAUAAAUUAAGAAGUGUCCUUUAGCGAGGAAGUAUUUUGCUCUCUUUAUCUCCAGUUUUAUAGCUGUUUUGGUGGUCAUGCAUUACAACUCUUCAAGGGCAAAACAGUAAUAUAAAAAGCACAAAGCACUCUUCCUAGGCAGUCCUUAUUCAUUUUGAUGAGGUUGCCCAGUGGGAUACAUCUAAUAAAAAAAAUUGUAUUGACUCCUGAAGAGAAGAAAAAUUCUUGCCUAAGACUGUGCUAUACGUUUAUAAAAUGCCCUAUCUAUUUCUUUCUGUACAUGCAUCAAAUUGGCGACUGUUACCUUCAUUGAACUUCCAGUAAUGCUUUCCAGAUAUUUUGACCUAGCUCUAGCAUUUGCAGCUUUACUGCCAUUAAAGAGACAGCCAAGAUUUUCACAGUGACAAUUAACAGAAAUUCUCAUUGGAAUCCUACUGUCUUUUAAAGCAUUUAUUCUAUUCUCGAUCCAGUACAACUUGCCAAAUCAUUCAACUAUUUCCAGGCAUAAGCAUUGGUUUUGUGACCAAAAAUGUAACUACAUUUCUGUAUCUUGCCUUUUGAUAAAACAGCAUGAUGUUCUCACAUUCAAAGCACCUUUCAAGCUGGUGUAGCAAUGCAAUAUGAAUGCAAUAUGAAUGCAAUUCAUACCAACUUUACACAUUAAAAAUGGGGGAGGUCUAAAAAGUAUUAAAAUUGUUAAUUUUUGUACUGACAAUAAAAAUCUUUCUACAGAUAUUAAUGUUAACAUUACAAAAUAAAUGUCAUGCAUCAUA